GGACUUUGCUUAGAUUAAAAUGGCCGCCUCAGUCUCUCGAGCUUUCUGCGCUGUUCUUCUCCUCCCAGCAUGUACUUGGGCCUCAGUCUUCUUGAAUCCAGCUCGAGCCCACUCAGUCCUGGGCAGGUCUGGACCUGGUUCAGACCCAGUUCUGGUCCGGACUCGAAGGGCCAACUUGUUCCUGGAGGAGAUGAGGACUGGAAACCUGGAGCGAGAGUGUGUGGAGGAAAAGUGCUCCUAUGAGGAAGCUCGAGAGAUCUUUCCUCAGAAGCAGCAGCUGGAGGCCUUCUGGACCAAAUACCAAGCUGGUGACCCGUGUGACUCUGCCCCCUGUCAGAACGGUGCUACGUGCACACGCCAUGUGCACAGCUUCACCUGUAAAUGUGCACCUGGUUACCAUGGACACCUGUGCGAUAAAGCCAAGUCGACGUCGUGGAGCUGCAGACACAGAAAUGGCGGCUGUGAGCACUUCUGCGCAGACUCUACUGAGCGCGCUCAGAUAUGCUCCUGCGCAGAUGGAUACAGGCGAGAUCAGGACAACACCAGCUGCAUUCCUAAUGUGGCCUUCCCGUGCGGGCGUAUUCAGAUGUACUUCGCUCCUAGAGUCGUGAAUGGACAGGUGUGUCCCAAAGGACACUGCCCCUGGCAGGCCUUGCUGACAGAGAAUCAUGAUUUCGUGUGUGGAGCUGUGGUCCUGAAUCCUCGCUGGGUACUGACCGCAGCUCACUGUGUCCAGCCUAAACCCAAUGGUGUGUUCCACAUCACUGUUGGGGAACACGACCUCUCACUGCCGGAGAACACAGAGCAGAAACGACGUGUGGUCAAAGUGUUGGUUCACGAGGAUUAUAACCAGACUUCCUCGGACUCUGACUUGGCUCUGCUCAAGCUGGUGCGGGACGUGAAGCUGGGCCGAUAUGUGAUCCCGGUCUGCCUCCCAGGACCCAGAGGCCAGGGCUCGGGUCCGGGUUCAGGUCUGGCCCGGACUUUGGCUGCUGUCCGGGUCUCGACAGUGUCCGGAUGGGGGCGGGUGGCACAAUUUGGGCAGCCAUCAGAUAUACUACAAAGAGUCAAUGUCCCUCGCGUCCGCACUCUGGACUGCCGUGCUCAGACAGGUCUCAACAUCUCCAGGAACAUGCUGUGCUUUGGGAUGCGCUCUGGGGGUCAGGACUCAUGUGAGGGCGACUCGGGGGGGCCCUUGGUGACCCGCUUCAGGAAGACGUCGUUCCUGACUGGAAUCGUGUCGUGGGGGCGGGGCUGUGCCGAGAGGGGCCAGUACGGUGUCUACACCCGCGUCAUCAACUACCUGCCCUGGAUCUACCGCACCAUGGAGCGAAAUUAGAGCCAAAAUGUCCCCAAAAUAAGGGUGAAAAUAGAGCCAAAAUGUCCCCCAAAUGAGAGAGAAUUCAGAGCCAAAAUGUACCCCAAAUAAAAGUGGAAAUAAAGCCAAGAAGUCCCCCAAACAAGAGAGAAACUAGAGCCAAAAUGUCCGCCAAAUAAGAGUGGCAAUAGAGCCAAAAUGUCCCCCAAACAAGAGUGAAAGUUGUGCUAAAAUGUCCCCUAAAUGAAACUGAACCUAGAGCCAAAAUGUCCCCCAAACGACAGAGAAAUUAGAGCCAAAAUGUCUACCAAACAAGAGUGAAAGUAGAGCCAAAAUGUCCCCCAAACAAGAGUGAAAGUAGAGCCAAAACGAUUAAUAAUACAUACAUAGUUUUAUUGGUUUCUGGCUUUGCAUAAACAAACGAAUAACAAACAUACUGAAAACCCCACUACAAUUUUUACAUUUUUCAACAUAAUAUAUUUUAAGAUUUUUGCCGUGAAAGUGUCAGGAUGCUAGCCAACACUGCAAACAUGUAGCUUAAAAUGCCCAUUCCAAACAAUACUUUCUUUCAGUAAAAUUUUGUGAUACACAUUUAUGAUUAUCAAUAUAAACACUAUAAACUGCUCACGAAUCUAAUGUUAUUCUUAAAAUCAGCUGCUGCCAAAGUGUGCACAGGUUAGCUAAAGAUACAAGGUGAGCACUAUGACUAUGUUGUUGUAAAAGAGGGUUGGUUCUUAGUCGAUUUACCCAGGUCAAUAAAGGUUAAAUAAAAUAAAAUGAUAGACUACAGUCACUAGAGUCAAAAUGUCUGUCUGCCCUGCGGUGCACAUGUUAGAUCUAUUUCUUUCACUGGACGAGCUCUUUAUGUUUCCACUGCUUCAAACCUGCUCUGUUCAUCGUUUAUGAAUAAAAUAUUAUUAAAAAAAAUGAAAUAUAGUGU